UCGCGGGACUCUCAUGGAGGGAUGCUAACUGGAGCAAGUAGCGGCGGGAGCACGCUGACACCGCGCGUGACCGACAUGGAGGAGUUGGCAGAGACCAUUUCUCAACAGCUAUGGCUCUUGCAGUUGGAUCAGCUCAAAGAGGUCUGUGCAGAAGCUAAAAUACAAAGUGGACAUUCUGUAACGAGGCGAGCGUUAAUACGAUUAAUAAYAGAGUCCAUUGAUGCUACGGUUAAYGAUGAAGAGGAGGAGGUGGUGCGGUGCUAUCUGCAGAGAAUGUUAAAAUCAAUUCAACAGAUAUCACAAMAUUCUGAAGUUUCUGCUGAGGAGGAGGCAACGUGCAACACACCACAAAGCACCCAGGCUGUAAUGGAACAAAUGGACUUGGCCGAAAAAUACUCACAGCUCCACCUUAACAACCAAAUAUGUGGUCAGAUAGGGGAGAAAGGUCAGAAAGACAGGCUCUCAUACACGAACUUAAUGCAUCAGAUUGAGAGAGGCCUGAGUAAAGGACAUAGUGAUGUUGAAAUUAUAGAAGCUGUAAUCAAAUCAAUCAGCCCGGGUUUGAGCAUUCGUGACAUGCUUGAAAUUAAACGUGAUCUGACUCUGCCCCAGCUGAAAGCAAUUCUAAAGGGACAUUUUAAAGAGCAUAGUUCCAUGGAUAUCUACCAAAGACUGAUAAAUGUCACCCAGGACAGUCGGGAAUCCCCCCAAAACUUCCUUUUCAGGGCAAUUGAACUGAAAGAGAGGCUGCUGCUCGCUUCAAGAGAAGUAGAUGCAGAUGAGCAGUACAGUGCCGACUUCAUUCAGAGGAAAUUCCUGAGGUCAGUCAGUACUGGAUUGUUGAGUGACAACAUAAAGUUUCAGCUGAAGCUUUACCUUGAUGAUCAAGCUGUGACAGAUGAGACUCUUAUUGAAAAGAUGAAUGAGGCUGCAUGUGUGGAUUCAGAACGACAGUCCAAACAGAGGAAAAGCUACAACACUAAAAUUCCAAAAGUCAACAAGCUACAAACAGAAAUGCAGUUCAGACAGCAAAACCAGGCUGCAUCUAAUGCCAGUUUGGCAAUCCAAGAACAGUCAGCUGAAGUGGUGAAGCAAAAAAAACGUAAAACAUCAGCACCCAUCAGUUCAAGGGAGUCAGAGCUAUGUGAAACAGUAAGGCUGCUCCGAGAAGAAAUCGCUGAAAUCAAGAAAAGCAUGACCAGCUCUCAAUCUACUCACCCAGCAAAAAGGAAUGUUAAAAGGGAAAAGGAUGUGAAGAGCAUAACAGAAGUCAUCAAUGUGAACAUUGUUUUAAGUAUGGACAAUUGGGACACUUCUCUAGGGGUUGCAGGGGACCAAAAAGGUUGA